AAAUCGAGUCCGCCUUACUCCCCGUCUCUCCCCGUCGCAAUCCUGCUCGGCCGAGAACCGUACGGCGAUCGAUUCACCCAAGGGCCGUCUCGAUGGACUUCCCACGAGGGCUGCCCGAUAAUCCGGCGCAGGCCCGUCGGGCUAUCGCUGCCGCAGCACUCGCGAACCCGACGCCGCCGCCUCCUGUCCCCAGCCUUCGCGAUGUGCCCUCGUCUUCGAAUCUUUCGGCGGGGCAGCCCAUCUCCCCGAACCAGGUCCUUGCCGUGGCGAGAGAGGCGAUGCGGACGGCCCACGAGAAUGAGGCCAAGGCAGCCGAGGCCAGCGGGGUCAGCAACACCCUCAAACCUGGCCUCACCAUCGACCUGAGCCGGAAGAAGAUACAGAUGCUGCCGGAGGAAAUCGUGGACGUGAUCAAAGAUGAAUUGGAGCGGCUUGCGCUGUCCCACAACUACUUGCAAACCUUCCCGGCCAGGUUCUCCGAAUGCACCUCAUUGCGAUAUCUUAAUGUUCGGCAAAACAGGAUAAAAGAGUUCCCGCUUGCACUCUGCGAUCUGAAGUCGCUCGAAAUUCUCGAUCUGGGCCGAAAUAUGUUGCAAGUUUUGCCGCCCGAGAUCGUCAAGCUGUCAUCUCUCAAGGUGCUCUCGAUACCGAAAAACAAAAUCACACAUCUGCCACUCUGCCUCGCCGACAUGCCGUCAUUAUCAGUGGUGAAGCUGGAGGGGAAUCCGCUGAAAUACCCCCCGCCGGAAAUACUACAAGUGCAAGGAACGGGAGGAGGACAAGGUGAUGGCCCGGGAAGAGAGACCGAGCUUACCGAAGUCGCUGCCACGGCGGUUAUCAAGAAGUUUUUAAAGCAGGAAGCCAGCGGUCGCGCGGACUCGCCCAGCGAUGGCACCUCGGAGGGGACCGAAACCCCGCGACCAACGAUCAAGCGGGUCUUUAGUGGCAGAUUUCCGAUCAAGGUCAACGGCAGUGACAUCAACGACGUCCGGUCCCCCGCCCUUCCCCGACCCCCACCGAUUCCGACCCGUUCACACUACCGUGGGCUCUCGCAACAGAACACGGCGCAGCGCAGGCCAGGGGUCAUGCCGCUGACCAUCGGCAACCCCAACGAGCGGGUGCGCAGCAACUCGGAGACCAUCAUCCAGACUUCGAGCCGGGAGCGAUCCGAAAGCAGGUCGCGCCGCAUGGGCAUGGUGUCCAAGAGGUCUGAGCUCAGCACGCUCGAAGAGAUCGAGGUCAACAACCGGUUCAGCCAUUACCGCGGGCUCAGCCACGGUUCGGCCAUGCAGGGCAACGGGGCAUCUAUGCAGGUCAAGAGCCCCAAUAUGGGCAGCCCGGCCGAACCCGCACUGCAGCGGCCCGUAUACAUCCGCAGGCUCUCCAUCUUGCCGGAGAGGCGACGCGACUCCAAGGCCUUUGACCCGGUGCUGGAGGCUGCCAAGGGCAUUCUUUACUCCAUCUUCCAGAUUCACCCCAUGAUCCAGGCGUUGCUAGUCGGUCUCACCAACGACGGCACGUCCCGCCGAUCGAACCUCGAAAUCGUUUUUUACAACACAAACGCUCAUGUCGAGCAGCUAGAACUGGAGAUCCAGCAGCACGAACAGGCGCAGGACGGGUUCGGCCAGAAGGAAAACGAGAACGUCCAGCGGGCUUGCCUCACGCUCAUCAACGCCUACACGCACGUGUGUUCACUGCUGAUGGGCAACGUCGACCUGUUUUUGGAUAACGGCGACCCGCGAUAUAUCCGUACCCUGUUGACGCAGCUCUAUAAUAGCAUCAUGGAGCUGCGUGUAACAUGCACGCAGCUUGCGGCGGAAGGCAACCAUCGGUCCGUUCCGUCCUUCAGCCGACCUGAUUUGGGGGAGACGAUCCGGCCCCAUUCGCGCGAAAACUCGGUCACGCCGACGGCCGAUCGAAUUUUGAAUAGAUCUCGAAACGGCACCUUUGUUUACAACCCGAGCAACCUACGUGUUGCCACGGAUGUCUCGAUACCCUACAUUAACGGCUCAGGCCGGUCGGCAAUGGUAGGGGCCGCCACGCCGCGGUCGGGCGAGUCAUUUGCGUCUACUAGCACGACUGGCACUCGAAAUCUGUCGGCGGACUUCACCGAGGAAGACCGCCUGUUCGAGAGGAUAUUCCUCUCUCUCCACAAAACAACAGAACUGGUCAUGCAGGUCUUACCAACAAUGAACACACAAUUCAUGUCUUCGAUGCGGACCACCACCACACAGCGCUCGCCGGACCAUCUCAUCCAGUGCUGGAAGGCGCUCGUCGCUAAGUGCAACACGUCGAUCCAGCAGACCGAGGUCCUCAAGGCGCGACUCUCAUCCAUCAAGCUCAAGGAGCCCGGGAUCCGCACGCAGCCGUCCUUCUGGCGGCUCUGCAACAGCUUCAUCGACUCGUGGUACGUGCUGAUCAAGAAGAUCAUGCAGCUGCAGAGCGACGUGCAGCUGCCCCUCGACACCAAGGCCCGCCUGCGGCCCAUCCAGAAGAGCAUGAAGGACACGUGCGACCUAAUGAUGUCGUCCCCCUGGUCCUACUUCCUCCGCCACCCGGGCUCCGAGCCCCUCGCCUCCCCCUACAUCGCCGCCGUCCACCCCCACGGUCACGGCCACGGCCACGCUCACUCCCACGCCGUGGCCACCCCCGUCCAGAUGCCCAUGACCCCGCAGAGCGCCGCCCUCGGCCCGGCCGUCCAGGCCACCGUCCCCUCCACCCCGCAGAGCGCGUCCUUCUCGCUGGCUUUCUCAGGCGUCUUUGAGCGCGACCGCUCCGAUACGCUGCUCUCGUCCAUGGGCGGCAGCGGGGGUGGCGGGAGCAGUGGUGGUGGCGGCAGUGGGUUGGGCGGCGGGUUCAAUGGCGUGUCGUCGCGCAGCGGGACGAUGAAUUCUAGCUCGACGGCGAGUCUGACGGCGUCGAGCUUGAAUUCGAUGAGCAGUCUGGGGUCGUCGCACGAUGGGAUUGUUACGCCGAGCUCGGCGCUCAGUCCGUCCGGGCCGUUGGGGCCGUUGCCGUUUAGGUUGAAUGGUGGGGGGAAUAUGAAGGUUGGUGGGUUUUAGUUGGGGGGUUGGGUUGAAUUGGGAUGGGAUGGGAUGGGAUGGGAUGAUAUAGAUACGGAUGGGUCCGGGAUAGAUGGAUGGAUGGAUGAUUGGAAUGUAAUUUUUGGGAUAUGUUGGCUGGUGUUUGGCUGGGGCUUUUCCUGCGUGGUCUUGAAAUCAGCGUCCUUGGUGUCCUUGGUGCGGUGCAUGGCGUCGGGGCAUGGCGGGUUUGGUUGGCGGCAUAGGAUAUCCAUAAUGUCUUGUCGGCUGGAUGCAUGGUUGGUUGAGACUGGAUCGGGUCUUUGGUGGGCAGUCUUGAGUAACGGCCGUGUUCGUUCAGCGUGUAGUAGUCAAUGGAGUCGAUCAUUGCUCGAGUAGCAUGUUGGUGACGUGAGAGUGUGCUCC